GUUCGUCUUUUACAUUUUUUGUUCAAUUGAUGUCAUAACCUUCAACAUGUUUUAUCUACUUGUAGUGACCCUAAUGAUAUGUAGGAUUUAAGGUCAGAAAAUAUAAACACAGCUAGUGGAACGGAGAGCCGUAUUCAAGUUACAGAACAUUCAGGACAUUAGUUUGAACAAGUGGUACAGGCGAAGGAUAUACUACACAGGAAGUUAUAUUUCAAGGAAAAUCGGAAACGCCAAUAGGAAUCUGGUCACUAUUCUACUGGUGGCUUAGGAAUUCGACACAAUUUGUUUAUUUUAGUAACUAAGAUUGGCAUUGCCUUGAUACUAUGUUAAUUUUAUUGUGAUAUGAUUGUAACAACUGUAAAGGACAUUGUUUUGUGAUGAUGGAGUAUUCCCCGGGAAGAUGGUGAAUUUGUCCAGGAAGUUUUAAAUUGUAUAGUGAAAUAUAAUAUUUUGUUUUUUUAUUAUCAAAAUUAAUUAUAUUGAAAUUAUACAAUUGAUCCAAAAUGGGAUCUACUCUAAGUGCAAACGGAAACAAAUCCGAACAGAUUGACAAAAAACUUCGCCCAGAUGCCAAUGAGUCGUCUAGAGAAUUCAAAUUGCUACUCCUUGGUGCUGGGGAGUCUGGGAAGAGCACAAUUUUUAAACAAAUGAAUAUCAUCUAUGACCGAGGAUAUACGCCAGAGGAGUGUAUGGAAUACCGACCAGUGGUGUAUAGCAACAUUUACCAGUCCAUGACCACCAUCAUCAGAGCUAUGGGAAAUCUGAAGAUAGACUUUCAAGAUCCUGAACGCGCAGAGGAUGCGCGCCAUUUAUGUGAGCUUGGCGAGUAUGGAAACCUGGGUCCUUUAGCUGAUGUCCUGCAACGUUUAUGGGGUGACGGGGGAGUACAGGCCUGUGUCAGUCGUUCCCGGGAAUACCAACUCAUGGAUUGUGCAAAAUAUUACUUGAAUGCAUUGGAGAGGAUAACCAAGCCCGGAUAUAUGCCGAGCACACAGGACGUGUUACGCACAGCACUCAAAACAACAGGGAUAGUCGAGUCCAAAUUCCUGUUCAAAAGCGUGCAUUUCAAAGUGAUCGACACUGGAGGGCAACGAUCAGAGAGGAAGAAGUGGAUCCAUUGUUUUCAGGACGUGACGUCAGUUCUGUUUAUUGUUGCUAUGAGUGAAUAUGAUUUGACCUUAAUUGAGGACGAAGACGUGAACCGAAUGGGUGAGAGUUUACGCCUGUUUGAUAGCAUCUGCAACAACAAGUGGUUCGUGCAGACUCACAUGAUCCUUUUCCUGAACAAGAAGGACUUGUUCAAGGAGAAGAUAACUCGAUCACCACUCACAGUUUGUUUCUCCGAUUACCAAGGUCAGAACACCUUCGAAGCGGCAGCACCAUACAUACAGUUUAAGUUUUUAAACACCAACAAAUGCGAGAACAAGGAAAUGUUCUGUCACUUCACAUGUGCCACUGAUACCAAUAACAUUCAGUUUGUGUUCGACACAAUCAGUGACAGUAUUUUUAACGAAAAUCUGGAAAGUAUUGGCUUAAAUUGACACGUUCAUGUGUUAUGUUCUGUAAAACAAUAGUGUUCUUUCCGAUCACACCUCGUGUCAGACGAUAUUACUGUAUUUCAACAGCUCUUGUCGCAUGAUAUUACUCUGCCAAGCAUUGCAUCGCGUCAGAAUUCAUACAAUAUUUAUGUAUCCAGCAAUGCCCCAUGUCCAACAUUUUAAAGUACGGUUAGAUAUAAAUGAUUCAUGAAUAAAUCCUUUUCUGAUUUGCUCUUUCGCUAGAGCCUGUAAUGUAACUGCUCAACUGUCAAGUCUGAUAUAAAUGUAGGUUAUUCGAUAUGUUUAAUACGAAAUUCGAUUACUUUUUUUCUUAAAGUCAGAGACAGUCAUAUUUAUUCCUCGUUAUUUUUUUGACAAUUUAUUAGCCCAAGUGACCUUUCCUGUGUUGUUUGCCAUUAAGCAUGUAAAUAAUAAUGAUAAUACAUCAUUCCUCCAAAGUAAUGUGUUUAAGUGUAGGACUGUGUUCGUCCAGAUUAGCUUUCUGCAAGAAACCUUAUUUACGUAAGUGUUCCUAUGGGCAUGUUGUUUUAUCUGAUGCUACCUUUGCAACACUCGUUAACUAUGUCUUUUCUGGUUUUAUUUCUCUAUUCUUUCUUUCGGCAUCAGUCUUCAUAUGCCCAUAUUUAAUGCUUUGCGAAGAAGCACUACAAAGAAUGUGGGGAUGAAAGGUUAUUUCCUUGUGAAAUAAUUUGUAUGAAAUGACCAUAAAUUUGGUUAUCGAAUGAGAUGGUUUUAAACUAGAUAUUAAUAUCGACGCGGCUGUCUACCAAAAAACACACUUUCCAUGUUUGACUUCAUCCCAUCUUCAUCUUUAACUCUGUAGACUAUACCACGAUAUAACAACGCUAAAUAAUUAACGAAAUUGAGUGCGAUCAAUCCCAAGUAUCAAUAUAUAUACCGCUAAUGCCAGUCCACAGAAGUCCACAAAAUAAUACGCAUCCUCUCAAUCGUUUCUUAACAACAUAGUAACGAUUGGUAGCGUCCUUAUACUGUUUGAUAUUGCCCUUUUUUUCUAUCAGAUGCAUUAAUUAAUGAGUAGGCAUGCGCGAUGCAUUCGGCUUAUGGAGAGCACUAUUAGGAUUCUUGACUUGUUAAUCAAAGGCGGUAAGGUAUCAGACCAAAUGUAUACCUAGCAUCCUUCCAAUAAAUGUUCAGUAGUUAUCAAGACGAUAUGGAAUGCAUGAUAGUCUAAUAGCUUGAUCUUACAAAUGGUGUAAUAUUUCGAUAGACACCGUCGGCAGGACUUGUAAUUAUAUGUUGCACACCUCAAUCCGUUAAUUAAUAUGCUCAUUAUGGACAUCAUAGCUAUAGUCAUGACAAGUUUGAAGGAUGAUGUGAAAUUGUAAACUAAAGGUAAUUUGCUGGCUUGAAAUAAUAAAUUCGUAUCUUAUGACACUCGUUUAAAAUCAUGUAUGUUAUAGAUUGUGUCCUACUAAAUCAAAACAAGUGUCCCUUUGAGAAAAGUUCGUAAUGUUUCAGCAAUGAUACAUUUCUUGACUUUAAGCUAUUGUAAGACAUCUAUAUUGUAUAUACAAUAUGGCUUGAAAUGACAGGGAAACCGACACUUGUUCAGGAUAUGUGUUUUAUCUCGUUGUCAGGAUAUACCAUUCCGUAGGAGAGGAGAGGAGCGGAUCAGUGGAAUGUCAGCGUAUCAAUAACAAGAGUACCCCGGGGCGGAACAAUAUACGCCCGUUGAAUGCCAUAUAUUGUUAUAUACUUUCUUACAUUG